CAAGAUGUCAGAAAGGAAAAUCCACUGCUGAUUAAAUUCAGAGCAAAGUUCUACCCUGAGGACGUGGCUGAGGAGCUGAUUCAGGAAGCUACGCAGCGUCUUUUCUUCCUCCAGGUGAAAGAGGGGAUCUUGAACGAUGAUAUCUACUGUCCACCUGAGACGGCUGUUCUCCUCGCCUCAUAUGCUGUGCAGAUGAAAUACAGUGACUACAACAACGAAUAUCAUGUGCCUGGAUAUUUGUGCAGAGACAAACUGCUGCCACAAAGAGUUCUAGAACAACACAAACUGACUAAAGAGCAGUGGGAAGAACGAAUCCAGGUUUGGCAUGAGCAACACAAAGGCAUGCUCAGGUAAAACCUCCACAACUUCUGAACCUAAAACUAGCAGUUUGAAUACAAGGUCAGUGAAGCUUUAUCUCCACAGAGAGGAAGCUAUGAUAGAAUAUUUGAAGAUUUCCCAGGAUCUGGAGAUGUAUGGAGUGAACUAUUUCAGCAUCAAAAACAAAAAAGGAUCGGAGUUGUGGUUGGGGGUUGAUGCUUUGGGACUUAACAUAUACGAACGUUCAGACAAGCUGACACCUAAGAUCGGAUUCCCUUGGAGUGAGAUACGGAACAUUUCUUUCAAUGACAAGAAAUUUGUCAUUAAGCCCAUAGAUAAAAAGUCACCGGACUUUGUGUUCUAUGCACCUCGUCUGCGCAUUAACAAGCGUAUCCUGGCUCUGUGCAUGGGAAACCAUGGUCUUUACAUGCGACGCCGCAAACCAGACACCAUUGAGGUGCAGCAGAUGAAAGCUCAGGCCAGAGAGGAGAAGAAUAAGAGACAACAAGAGAGGUGA